UUUUAGUUGCUGGCACCUUUUUGUAAAUAAACUCUCAAAUUAAUAAAUAAAAAGGUCCUCCAGCACCACCGUGAACCACCACCAUAUAACGGUUGAGAAGCUUAGUGCAACCACCUAUGAUGGCCAAGACAAGUUUCAUCCCCGUUGUGUUUACAUUUCUAUUUCUUUCAUCAUACACCUUUUGCAAUGCUCAUGAUGAUAAUGAAGUUGAUGACGAGUCAAAAUUCACUUACUUGCUGGGAACAACACAAGGACCAGAAAAUUGGGGUACACUUAAACCAGAAUGGAAAUUAUGUGAAACUGGAAUAUUUCAGUCUCCCGUUAAUUUCCGUAACAAAACUGUGAAGAUUACUACUCGUAUCCAACAUUUGAAACCAAAUUACAAAACUGCACCUGCUGUUAUCAUGAACAGAGGUCAUGAUAUCAAGUUGCAAUGGGAAGGAGAUGCAGGAGGUAUCAACAUUGACGGUACUGAGUUCAAAUUACAACAAUGUCACUGGCAUACUCCUUCUGAGCAUAAAGUUGAUGGGAAAUGCUAUGCUAUGGAGGGUCACAUGGUUCACCAGAGUGCUGAUGGCAGACUAGCUGUCGUUGCUAUACCCUUCAAAAUUGGAACACCUAACCCUUUCCUUGAUAUGUUAAUACGUCACGUCGAGACAGUUGACGACAAGGGUUUGAAAUUGGGAAUGGUUGAUCCUCAACAACUUGGGGUCAAAGAUGAACCAUUCUACAGAUAUAUAGGUUCACUCACAGUUCCUCCAUGCACAGAGGGUAUCCUUUGGAACGUACUAUAUCAGGCAAGGACUGUUUCAAUGGAACAAAUGAUGGCGCUGAGAAAUGCUGUUCAUGAUGGAUUUGAAGCAAAUGCAAGACCAGUUCAGGGCUUACAUAAAAGACCAGUGUAUCUAGCUAUGUAAGACAGACCAAGAAUUGAUGAAGCUUCUAAGUAGAUGGCAUGUGAAUAUGAAAAGAAGCAGUGUUUCUUCAUUGCAAUAUUGUACCUUAAAAAACUCUAUGGUGGUGAAGUGUUGGAAAUUACCUGUUGGAUAGAUAUAUUUGGAAACCAAAAAGUCAUAGUUGAGGUCCACAUGUAUCUCUCACAGGAAAUAUACAGUAGUCUUGUCUUU